AAAAAAAAAAAAAUUGUGUUGAAGGUGGGUCUGAACUCUGAAGUCUAUCCUCCUUAUACUACAUACAUCCACUAUUUCAUUUCGAAACAAGGUAUCAGGUCAAAACAAUAUAUAUACCAUUAGUUUUGAAUCAUAUACGAAAGCAAAACCAUGUUGAAAUCAACCAUUGCUCCCAUGUUAUCAACCCUGCAUUCCAAAACCAAACCCCAUAAGUUCUUUCCAAUCAAGGCAGCACCUUUUUCAAAUGUGUCAUCACAAUGGCCGCCAACUGUUCAACGAAAUGCCUCAAUGAACACUUUAACUGUCGAAAAUCUUGAAACCCCUACUUACAUGCUCCCUCCAGCUUCGGUUUAUGUUCAUCUCCCAUUUUGCCGAAAACGCUGCCAUUAUUGUGACUUUCCUAUACUUGCUUUAGGGUCGGCUUCAACAGAAACCGCAAACGAUGACCCAAGGAUUUUGAACUAUGUUAACUUGCUUAUCCGCGAAAUAGAAGCAACACAAGCACAUUUUGACCAACACCCGCCUCUCGAAACCGUGUUUUUUGGUGGUGGGACGCCUUCAUUGGUGCCUCCAAGGCUAGUUGCUAAGGUUCUUGAACGUUUGAAAUCGAAGUUUGGGGUGUGUUCGGAUGCUGAGAUAUCGAUGGAAAUGGACCCUGGAACAUUUGAUGCUAAGAAACUUAAUGAGUUAAUGGGGUUGGGUGUGAAUAGGGUGUCUUUAGGUGUUCAGGCAUUUCAAGAAGAGUUGUUGAAAGCUUGUGGGAGAGCUCAUGGUAUCGAGGAGGUUCAUGAGGCGAUUGAGAUCGUUGGUUCUUCUGGGGUUGGGAAUUGGAGUUUGGAUCUCAUUUCUUCUCUUCCACAUCAAACUCAAGAAAUGUGGGAAGAGAGUUUGAGGCUCACUAUUGAAGCUCAACCUACUCAUGUAUCCGUUUAUGACUUGCAAGUCGAAAAAGAUACCAAAUUCGGAUCACUGUAUACACCUGGUGAGUUUCCAUUGCCUUCGGAUACUCAAUCUGCAAAAUUCUACAGAAUGGCUUCAAAAGUGCUCGGGGAGGCUAAUUACAACCAUUAUGAAGUCAGUAGCUAUAGCAAAAGUGGUUUUGAGUGCAAGCACAAUUACACAUACUGGAUAAACAAACCAUUCUAUGCAUUUGGCUUAGGUUCUGCUAGUUAUAUAAAUGGAACAAGAUACUCAAGACCAAAGAAAUUAAAAGACUACACAAGUUAUGUGCAGAAUUUGGAGGGUGGAUUGGUUGAUCUAGGCCAAGAAGAUGAUAUUGAUGAAGGUGAAAUGGCUAUGGAUAUUGUGAUGCUUUCUUUAAGAACUUCAAAAGGGUUGGAAUUGAAGAAUUUUAUAGAAGACUUCGGAAGCCCAGUUGCUGUUGAAUUGUGUAAGGUCUACGAGCCUUAUAUGAAAAGUGGGCAUGUGGUGUUUUUAGAUCAUCAAAGAAGAGAGAUCACAGAAGAGGAGUUUAGUUCUUUGGUUCUAGAUGAUGAAAAACUGGAAAAUGAGAUUGGAUUUAUCCGGUUAAGUGAUCCUGAUGGUUUUCUAUUAUCAAAUGACUUAAUAUCUCUUGCAUUUGGGGUGAUUGAUCCAUGAACAUGUAUUAAAUGACGAGCUUUUCUUCAAGAAAUCGUUGAUGACAAUGUAAUUGUUCCAAUAGUAUCUUCUAGUUACAUGUAUUUGUAGAAAAUACUGAAUAUCUGAUUAACGGAAACAUGUUUGGCAA